UAACAUCAGGAAGUCACAGAGGAAUAGGAGGGAUCAGGAUCGAAAUAAACUUGUGAGUCGACUCAAUCCAAAGCAAACCCUCGCAAGUUUUUUAUGGCGGCCUCUUCUUCUUCACUUUCUUCCUCCGACGUAUCCUCUCCUCACCGUCGUCGGCGUCAUCACCGCCACCGCCGAGACCGCGACAAGGACUCCCUCAAGAUCCGAAAGAAGACCAAGUCUCAGUCCCGCGGUAAACGGCGUCGUAGGCAUCACCACCACUCUUCCAAUUCCGAUUCCGAUUCCGAUUCUCAUUCAUCAUCUUCUGUCUCCGAUUACUCUAGAAGUGAGAGUUCUUCUGAUAGUGAGCGUGAAGCAUCUCACCGUUCAAAGAGGCACAAAAGGAGUGACAGGCCAAAGAAGAAUAAGGAAAAGGAUAGAAGUAAAAGCCACCAUCAUAAGCGGCAGAAGCAUAAAGAAAAAGAGAAGCAGCAUGAUGAGAGGAGAAGCAGCCCUGUGCAGCUUUCCAAGUUUUUAGGACGUGACAAGGAUGAUGGUGUACGUCGGAGUGCUGUAUCUGGCAAGAAGAUUCUUCUGAAACUCGAAAAAUCGAAGGAAGAUAAAGUGGCCGAAAGCAAGAGAAAUGAACUGCUGAACUUUUUAAACGCUAGUUUUGAUUAGUGGGUACAAGCAAAUCUGCAAAGAACCAAAUUUACUUACAUGGGUUAUAUCUUUAUAUUGUGCUUACCAUUGAGAUACAUGUAUGGUUGCCGUUCAGAUGAGGGGUUUUCGACCCAGCAUAUUCCAUACAUGUAUGGUAUUUUGAGAUUGGAGAAUCAUUGUGCUAUUUGGCAACAUAGUUUUUUCUUGUAUUGUUUAUUUGUUUUGGGCACAUAUGACUGAAUUAUUGAAAUUUGUUCCCCUCUUUGUUUUUCCCCAAUGAGCGUUCUUAGAAUAGGUUUGGAUCGAAUUGAAUCAA